CAUGUCUCCCUCCUAAAACGACAAGUACAACACAUGCUUUCUCUCCAUUUUCACAUUUCCUGCUCCUCUCUCUCUCUCUUUCUGCUGAAACCCUAAAAGGAAACUUCAAAUUAUUUAGUUUGAAAUGAAUACUUGUAAAAAUAUAUAUGUAUUUAUAGUUGUUUUAGCUUCAAGCUUUUGUUUUGGAUCAGCUAGUGAUAUAGUGCACCAGGACGACGUCGCUCCAAAGCGGCCUGGCUGUGAAAAUAAUUUCGUUCUGGUCAAAGUACCAACUUAUAUUAAUGGCGUAGAAGACAUUGAGUAUGUUGGUGUUGGUGCUCGUUUUGGCCUCACUUUGGAAUCUAAGGAAAAACAUACGAAUUUAUCUACACUUGCUCUGGCUGACCCUCCUGACUGUUGCAGUAAACCCAGAAAUAAGCUUUCAGGGGAGGUGAUCUUGGCUCACCGAGGUAACUGUAGCUUCACAGCGAAGGCAAAUGUUGCUGAAGAUGCUGGUGCUUCAGCUAUUCUUAUCAUAAACAACCGGACAGAACUCUUCAAGAUGGUUUGUGAAGUCAAUGAAACUGAUGUAAAGAUUGGCAUUGCUUCUGUCAUGCUCCCACAAGAUGCUGGUGCAAGCUUGGAAAAAUAUUUGACGAGCAGCUCCACAGUUAAAGUGCAGUUAUACUCUCCACGACGUCCAGUGGUAGAUGUUGCAGAAGUGUUCUUAUGGCUUAUGGCUGUUGGCACCAUUUUAUGUUCUUCUUACUGGUCCGCGUGGAGUGCUAGAGAAGCUGCUAUAGAGCAGGAUAAGCUAUUAAAGGAUGGUUCGGAUGAAUUUAUAGAUAUGGAUGGUGUUCGCUCUAGUGGUAUUGUUAACAUCAACACAGCAUCUGCAAUUCUCUUUGUCGUGGUUGCUUCAUGUUUCUUGGUUAUGCUUUACAAGCUUAUGUCAUACUGGUUUAUUGAGGUUCUGGUGGUUCUGUUCUGCAUUGGGGGAGUGGAGGGCUUGCAAACUUGCUUGGUUGCUUUAUUAUCAUGUUUCAGAUGGUUUCAACCUGCUGGAGAAUCAUUUAUUAAAGUUCCCUUCUUUGGAGCUGUCUCAUAUCUGACUUUGGCAGUCUCUCCUUUCUGCAUAGCAUUUGCUGUUGUUUGGGCAGUUUUCCGCCGUGUCUCCUUUGCUUGGAUUGGUCAAGAUAUCCUUGGUAUUGCUCUGAUCAUUACUGUUCUUCAGAUUGUUCGUGUGCCCAAUCUCAAGGUUGGAACAGUUCUUCUAAGUUGUGCCUUUUUGUAUGACAUCUUCUGGGUUUUUGUUUCCAAAUGGUGGUUCAAGGAGAGUGUGAUGAUAGUGGUAGCUCGUGGUGAUAAGAGUGGAGAGGAUGGUAUACCAAUGCUACUGAAAAUCCCACGGAUGUUUGAUCCUUGGGGUGGCUAUAGCAUAAUUGGGUUUGGUGACAUCAUCUUACCAGGAUUGCUUGUAGCUUUUUCUUUGAGAUAUGAUUGGCUUGCAAAGAAGAAUCUUCGAGCCGGAUACUUCUUGUGGGCAAUGACUGCUUAUGGUUUAGGUCUCUUAAUAACAUACUUGGCUUUGAACAUGAUGGAUGGGCAUGGCCAGCCAGCUUUGCUUUACAUUGUUCCAUUCACCCUUGGUACGUUUCUGACGCUGGGAAGGCAACGAGGUGAUCUCAAAACAUUAUGGACAAUGGGAGAACCUGAAAGGCACUGCCCGCACAUCCAAUUUCAACCCCCUGGCUCUCAAUAAUAAAAUACAAGCAUGUAAAUGUGCUGCGCCCCUCUAGCUGUUCUGGUUUUAGUUUUAGCAUACAGAAGGAGCUCGUAAAUGUUACCUGUAUAAGUUGUAGGAGAGCUUGUAAUAUUUUUGGCCAUUAACCGCCUGAAACCGGAGUGAGUAAAAUUAGCUUGACUAAUUGCCAAGGAUCUUUAUCGCCUCGGAUUAGCAGAUAUGUUGUGCCAAUAUUGCAUAAUCGAACUACUUUAAUUCCCAA